AGCCCUCACUCUAUUUAAACCCUCCCAAAGAGCACUGAGCUCUCACUGUGGACCCACCUCUGAACCCAGGUGCACAACUCAAGAAACCUGCUCUACUUCAUUUCAGCUACGAUCUGUAUCCUGCCUGAAAAUGGACCGGGAAAUUAGCGCUUUGGAGUUUUCACUGGGUGCUAUGUUUGGCGUCUACAUGUCAAAGCAAGGCGAGGACGGAAAGCUGAGCAAACAGGCCUUUUUGGAACUGCUUGAUGAGGAGUUGCCCUCCUUCAAGGGGCAAGGCAAAAACGCUGGAGAGGAGGUAUUCAAAGAUAUAGACAUGAACCAGGAUGGAUCCGUCGACUUCAAAGAGUUUGCUCUAAUGAUUGCCGGAUAUGCAUGCGGGAGCUAUGACACCCUUCAAAAAGUCAUGAAGGAAGCUCAGAAGAAAAAAUGAGACUGAGCAGCUCAAACCCCAUCAAAUAAAUAAAGCUUAUGGUUCCAAAUA